CUGUCAGUGCCCGACACACCCCCUCGCCCUGGGCUCUGCCCCGCGGAUCUUUCCCUCAACCAUCAGGUGCCGGACUUUGCCCCCCGCACCCAGCCCUCCUCCGAACUCCUCGACUGCUAUUUGUGCUAGAAAGCAAUUAAUCAUAAAAUAGUGAUUCCCCGGGAGCACCCUGCAUCCUGUCAACUUCUGCGGUCUGUUUAACAAAGGAGAUUUCCACGCGCUUUGCAAUCGGGCUAAGGGGAAGAGGGCAGGGACUUAACAGACGGCGCUAACCCCGCUCGCAGCCUCGUCCCGUUCCUCACUGGGCGAGCCCCGCGCCAGCGGCGGAAAGUUUGGCCGCUGUGCCCGGCGUGCGGGGCGCCGGCAGCGGAGGGAUGAGCGGGGCGGCUCGGUGCCCAGCGGGACGGGCGCUGCCGCCCUGACACGGAGGAGCGCGGGCAGCAGCAGGAAACUACAAGAGAAGUUGAACGUUUGCUUCAGCUGAAGAGAAAGUUUCCCAAGUCUUGGGCAGAAAAAGGGAAAGAGAACGGAGGAUGUUGCCAGUAGGUAUGUCUGACAGGAAGCCAUGACUAGCAGUGUGACUGUCAACAGGAAACAAAACUUCACAGCCGAUGUGACGCUGACGUGCAGAGCACUUGCAGUGUCGUGUUGCCAGCUGAACUCUGUGACCUGGGGAGCAGUGUUUGACUACAUGAGGUGUACUUCUGUCCAUUCAUCUGCAAGCAUUUGAAUUGCUCUGUAUCUGGUUAUUCCACCUUGCCGAAGCUAGCGAGCCCUAUCUUUUUUCUCUUUGACGCCUGCUCCUGUGGGGACAUCCAGCAGCCAUGUGCAGAGAGGUGGGUGUGUGAGCCCCCUGACGGCGGCCGCCGAGCACUCUGCAGACUGCAGACAGCUUCGAGGUGUUUUGGCUGUUCAGUGCUCUGCAGAUAUGAACACUGAGCUUUUCUGGCACGUUCUCACGUUGGCCUGGUCGCUCUCACCAUGCUAGUACAUGAGAAAGAAGACUUCCUCUCAGACAUAGCUUACAUCAUCCUGGAACUGAUCAUUGCAGUGCUGGCCAUCCUGGGGAACGUCCUGGUCUGCUGGGCAGUCUAUUUGAACAGCAACCUGCAGAACGUCACCAACUAUUUCGUGGUGUCCUUGGCUGCUGCUGACAUUGCGGUGGGAGUGCUGGCAAUCCCCUUUGCCAUCACCAUCAGCACUGGCUUCUGUGCCUUCUUCUAUGGCUGCCUUUUCAUCGCCUGCUUCGUCCUGGUCUUGACGCAGAGCUCCAUCUUCAGCCUGCUUGCUAUUGCCAUCGACAGAAUCAUUGCCAUCCGCAUACCCCUCAGGUACAAUGGCUUGGUGACAGGCUCUCGAGCCAAAGGUAUCAUUGCCAUCUGCUGGGUAUUGUCUUUCAUCAUCGGCUUGACACCAAUGCUAGGGUGGCACAAGCGUUCCCAGAUUGAAGAGCUGGGUGCUAAUAAGUCCUCUCCCAUCAACUGCAGCAACAGUAUGGUGGUAUGUCUCUUUGAGGCUGUGGUCACCAUGGAGUACAUGGUCUACUACAACUUUUUUGCCUGUGUGUUGUUGCCUCUUCUCCUCAUGUUUGGCAUCUACUUGAAAAUCUUCAUGGCAGCCCGACGGCAGCUCAAGCAGAUGGAGAACAAGAUGGUGCAUGGAGAACGCUCACGUUCCACCUUGCAGAAGGAAGUCCACGCAGCCAAAUCUUUAGCCAUCAUUGUCGGCUUGUUUGCAGUCUGUUGGCUUCCACUACAUAUUAUUAACUGUUUCACCCUUUUUUGCCCAAAUUGUGCCCAUGCUCCCCUCUGGCUGAUGUAUCUGGCCAUUAUCCUGUCUCAUGCCAACUCGGUUGUAAAUCCUCUAAUUUAUGCCUACCGAAUCAGGGAGUUCCGAUACACCUUUCGUAAAAUCAUCAGCCAGCAUAUCCUGGGAAGGAAAGAGCAGUUCAAGGCAGGAACAGCCAGCAUUAGGACUUCCACACAUGGUGGGGAUGGAGAGAACGCCAGCAUACGAAUCAGUGAGUAUGCAUUAGAAGUGUAUACCAAUGGAGAGAUCCACAGGGAUCCUGAAAAGCAGGACUUAAACAAAUGCAAAGCUGUCUUGGAAUGGCACCAGAAUGGAAGUGCUCUGGACAUGGAGACAAAUGGGCAUCUCCCACGUUCCUGCAAAAAUGGGAUUCUCUCAGAUGCGUGUGUGAACAGGGAGCUUCACCAUGAAGAGUUAAUAGAUGCCCAGGUAUCUUUCUCAGAUCUAGAAAGCACAGCCUUCGCAGCAGCAGCUGAUGUUUCCUGAUGAAUCGUUCACAGUCUUCCUGGUAUAAUUAUUUUAUUUUCUAUGAGCAGCCUCUGCCACGGCAGAAGAUGAGGCUGGGGGGCGGGGGGAGAGGUGUGUAUUCAAGUUACUGUGGAAAAGGGUCCUUACCCCGGACUUGUUGUGGCAAUGCUAAAUACUAGACUGGAGAAAAAGCCAAGAGACCACUGAAACAGACUGAGAAAGGAGGGACAUGUAAUCCAUCGAUGACCUGUCACCAGGAGCAGUGACAGGGUCAAAGAUGGCAUUCCAGAUUGAGCACUGGGAGACUGCUGAAGCAGGGCGUAUCGUGACAUUAUGCUAUACUGUGUGUCUGUGGUUGUACGUCUGUUUUGCUGUCUUUACCAACAGAAAUAAAACCAUGGCUGAAAGCA